AUGGCCUGGCUGUCUUCAAAAUCACCGUUGCAGGCACUUGAACCAGAUAUGAUGGAAACUGAGACGGGUUAUACCACCACUACGGCUACCACAAUCUCUACAAGAAAGACCUAUACGACGGCAACCACAAGCGUCACAGAUAAUGUCAUUGUGACCGAGAGACGUGAGGACCUCUGCCACGGAGCUGGCCACUUGCACCAUAACCAUGCAUGGGACAUUUGUAUUGAGAGCACAACCACUACGCUACGGACCUUCCAGACCUAUGGUAACCUUGCUACACUGACAGCCUCCCAGCGUAAGCUUUCCAGCUCGUACGAGGCUUCCGCUAGCGGCUUUGUGUCGGCCUCGAGGAUCAAGUAA